ACUCUGCAGGGUCUACGUGAGAGCAACAAUUUGUCAUCAACAAAAACUUUUAUUGGCUAGAAUUAAAUUCAAAAUCAAGGAAUCACAAUGAAAGUAUCCAUUUUCGGUGAACUAAACACCUUCGAGCUGUUCGUCCUGUGCACUGUGAUACCGGCGGUCUUCGUUUUCCUGUGGAGCCUAAUAUCCGGUGAUAUGAAGAACUUCAAGGGCAGCAAACUGGCCUAUUCAGUUUACACGGCCAAGGAUCCCAUUAACUGCUAUCAGGACUACGUGGAGUCAAAACAGAAGGAUUCUUAGGAUGUAUUUU